CAGCUGUUCAAUUUCCAACCAAAUUGGACCAAUUGACUUCUAUCAAGAACAUCCAUUCCUCUCUAUCAAACUACCAGAAAUACAACAUUGAAAGUUGAGUAACGUAACCUUCUCUUCAUCGUCGGGAUCGUUUAAAUAAUUCCGGGGCCUUUAUCCAAAUCGCUUUGUCUAAUCCAAUUACAGUUGAAAGUUUUUCGUGAUUUCCUCUUUCAGUUCGGUAGAAUUCAAAAUCUGAUCAAAGCAUUAAAAUGCAAUCGAUUACUUAAAUCGGUUAAAUUCCUGUAAAAUCACCUGUUUGCCGCUCCAGUUUCUCAAUAAUACAUCAGUUUCUUCUUCAUCGAUCCUUCGUUACAAUUCGAAAACAGUGCUUCAAAAAUAUAGAUCGAAAAUGUCAGGUACAGGGAAGGGCGGGAGCAGCACUUGUUCAGAAGAAGAAGGGAGGAUCGAAGAAGAAAAGAGAAGGAAGAGAAUGAUUUCAAACCGGGAAGCAGCGAGGAGGUCGAGGAUGAAGAAGCAGAAGCUUGUGGCGGACGUGACGGCGGAAAUUGGCAGAUUAGAGGCGGCAAACGGUGAGAUUGCGGUUCAGAUAGAUGAGAUGAGCGAAAAGUAUGCGGUUGUAGCUGGCCAGAACAGUGUUCUGAGAGCUCAGGAGUUGGAGUUGGGUGAAAGGCUGAAGUGUUUGAAUGAAGUGAUCAAUCAGACGAGCGAGAAUACGGAUAUGGAAGUGGGAAUUCGUGAUGAUAAUGGUGGUGAUGUUGCCGGCCGUUUGCUGAAGCGGCCAUGGCAGAUACGGUUCCCGAUUCUUCCCAUUCAUGCGGCUUCUUCCGGUUUGUUCAAGUUAUGAAAUUGUUGUUUCAGAUCAUCACUCGUCACCCUGUUAUGAGCGAGCCUACAUGGUUGAUAAACUUGAUAUAUAGCGUUAUUAUCAGAGCAGCCAUUUGUGAUUUUUGUGGAUUAUUAUUUUCAAAUAAUAAAUGCCUUUUAUUAUGGUGCA